UCGUCGUUUCGUCAUCCUCGUCAGCAAGAGCAGCGCCAUUGAAGCAAGCAAUCGCUCCGUAUCUCUCCGAUUCCUUUCCGGUAAUUUACUUCCCUUUCCGGUUAUUGAAUCUGCGAACUUUCUUCAAUCUAAUCAUUUACGUGAUUGACUGUGGAAUUGUAAAAAUGGACCUUGAGUUGAAGAGAGUUCAAGAAGCAAGGCGUAAUGAUUGUAAAAAGGUUAUGAACUAUAUAAAUUCGAUGGAUUUUACUAGUUUGGAUGAUAAAGAAAUUCGUACAAUGGUGAUGAUACGAGAAUUAGGUAAUGGGAUUGUUAAUCGUCAAACGAAACUGGCUACUGAAGAUGAUGUGUCUCGGGUCUUGAAGAUCAGCAUUGAGACUAUGGUAGGGGAAUGCAGAAAAAUAGUUGAUCAAAUUAGUCUUACAUCCUUUCACGACUUCAAUGCACAAGAGAGGAAAUCAUUGACAAAGAUUUCAGAAAUUGCACGCUGGAUUAUUGCUAAACAAGGUUCUACAAUGAAUCGGCAUAGGGAUAUUAAUCAAGUGCUAGAAGGGGAAGAUAAGCUAGCUGUUGGAAUGAUUGGAUAUGGUGAGAUGGAUAUUGAAUUUGGAGAUAAAGAAGAGCUGGCCAUUGGUGAACUCAGUGUCCUGCAAGACAACCACAGUGUUAUGCAAGAUAAAAAUGAGGUGGCAGUUGGCCAGCACAAUGACUUGCAGGAUAGAGAGAUCGCUAUGCUAGAUAAAGAAGGGCUGGUCAUGGGUGAUCAGGGUGACCUGCAUGAUAGACAAAGUCUUCUAGUAGAUAUAGAGGGUGUCGUCAUUGGUGAGCACAGUGACCUGCUGAACAGACAAAUUGUUAUGGGAGAUAAAGAUGGUUUGGCUGUCGGUGAGCACAAUGACCUUCAAGACAGGCUGAUUUCCAUGGGAGAUGAGGAGGGUAUGGGUGUUCGCAACCUGCAGGACAUAGAGAUUAUUAUGGAAGAUAAAGAGGGGCUGGUUGUUGGUGAGCACAGUGAUAUGCAAGAUAAACAUGUUGACAUGGAACUGGGAGAACCAACUCGAGAGCCAAUUUCCUGGCCUCUGAAUGGGGAAAUAACUCUAGAUUGGAUUUUAAAUUUGAUGGAAACCUUUAAAUGGGCUUCGUGGAACAAGUCACUGUCAGAGUUUGCAUCUAUCAUGCCACUCUUUGUGGUGGAGGAAUUGAUAACUAAAGCUUCAUACAUCCUAUGCCAAGAACCUAAUUGUGUAAAGAUCCAAUGCGACAAUAAUACCGAAGUGGUUGUAGUUGGUGAUCUACGUGGGCAAUAUCUUGACCUGCUUAAUAUUUGGGAAAGUGUUGGUUUACCCUCUGACAAGCAGCUUUUUGUUUUUAAUGGAAACUACAUCGAUAGGGGCAAAUCAAGCUUGGAAUUGUUUCUUGUUUUGUUGGCUUGGAAGGCCUUCUUGCCUCAUAGGAUUUAUUUGCUGCGUGGAAAUCAUGAGUCAAGUGAUAUCUCCGAAAUAUGUGGUUUUCUGAAGGAGGUAAAUCGCAAAUUUCCUGAACAUGGCCAAACUGUCUACCGAAAAUGUUUGAAAGUUUUUGCAGAACUUCCUCUGGCCUCAAUAAUAGCAGAUUGUGUUUAUACAACCCAUGGAGGGCUUUUCCGGAGUGAAGGAAUUACUUCAUCACAAAGUUUUGGAGAAAAUGAAUUGCAGAACGGCAAUGGAAACAAAAGUGGAAAUAAAAAACAAAAGAUGACUACCACUUUAUCUUUGGGUUCUUUGGAUGAGUUACAUCAAGUAAGCAGAUUCGUUCAUGAUCUGUCAGCAAAAGAUGCUAUUUUGACUGAUGUUUUAUGGUCAGAUCCAACAACAGAAUCUGGUCUUACGGAAAACAAUAGAGGUGAUGCAGGUCUUCUUUGGGGUCCUGAUUGCACAGAGGCCUUUUUAGAACAUUCCAAGUUAAAGGUGAUUAUAAGGUCACAUGAAGGCCCUGACUCGAUAGCUUGUCAGAAAGGUUUCAAAAAUAUGUUGGAGGGCUACAGCACAGAUCAUGAAGUAGAAUCAGGGAAGCUAUAUACCCUAUUCAGUGCCCCUGAUUACCCACAGCAUACAAGCAAAGAUUAUAAAAGUAAAGGAGCAUAUGCUAUUCUGAAGCCUCCUAAUUUCGAUACCCCUGAGUUUGUGUCAUUUGAAGCCAGAAAAAGACACGAGGCAUCAAUCAAAGCCAUCUCUUUUGGUCAACAAUCAGAUUCUGCUGCCACAAGCUCUGGAACUGACAUUGGGGCUUCAGGGAUCUCUACUUCCCCAUCUUGGAUUAUUUCGUUGGCAGAUGAUGUGGGCACACCAGCACAGAUUUCAGAGGCUUCCAAGGUGGAAAGAUCACCUCUCCCUUCAGACUUACAGGAACCACACAAGUCUAAUUACGAGUACCUUUUAAAUCUCAUUGGUAGCUUGAAGAAAGAAAUUAAAAAGAAGGAUGAUGAACUUGAUGAUUAUAAGCGCAAAUACAUUUUGCAAAGCCCUUCUCCUGCCAAGUGAGGAGUACUUGGAGCUGGUUUCUCAGUGCAGCUAUUUUGGUUUGGAUCUUUGGGAGCUGAGGGUAAAGUGCGCAGGUUGAGGGAGCCAAAAUAGUCUCUUCAAUCCUGAGCUAAGCAAUGAAGAGAGUUCAAGGCAAGGAUGGUGCUUAUGAAACUGGAGGGUGCCAUGAUAAGAUGCGAUGCAUUGACAAUUUCCCGCCUCCCAAAAUGCUCAAAUCGAUGAAUGAUAAUCUUAUAGUUUAGGGUAAUAUUUGUGAAGAUAUUAACUUAUGUAUCUUUCUACUGUAGUUCAGACUCCAGACUCGAUGGAUGAACAGCCAAAUGAAUCCAAGUUUAUCAGAGUUGAAGGUAUCACUUUAUAUCUUUGAUUAAUCAAAGUAUAUUUGAAUUCA